GCGAUAUAAAUAAGACGGGGCUUUUUCUCUUUUUCUCUCUCGUGCGUCUCAAAAAAUAAUUUAUUAUAAAAGUACAUACACAUAUCAACACAUACAUACAAUGGCGCACGUACCAUCCGCAUUAUCCGCACCAUCCACAUCAGAGCUGAACCUGCUGGAGCAGCAGCUCAUCCUGGGCCAAGCUGUUGGCGAUCAAGAGGACGCCCUAACGAUCGCGAUCUCCAAGGGCGACUACGCGCAGGUUCUGCAAUCACCAGCAGCGCGCGCAAUUUUCGGCACGGAUCUCGACGAGGCGCAGGCCAGCAGCCUCCCGACAGCCUCGCCGCUGUCCGCAGACUUCAGCCCCGCCGACCUGCGGCUGUACAUCCAGGCGCAGGUACAGCGCUACGCACAGGAGCACGGCGCCGAGGGCUGGCAACAGAUCACAUGGGUGGGCAUUGCCUGCCUGAACGCGUUCCUGCAGACCAACUGGACAGGACCCGAGAUGUCCAUGGACCCGGCGUCGGUUCUUCCGGCGGCCCUGGCGCACCGCUGGGCGGAGACGUUCAUCACCACAAAGAUUGUCGAGCUGCCUGAAGACGUUGACAGGCACGAGAUGGGCCGGCGCGACCAUAUGGGCGGCCGCAUCUACCUGGGCGCCAAGCAGACGGCUGAGCGCGAGCUGGUCGACCGCGCCGUACUGCGGAUGCUCGAGAGCGAAGGCGAGGAGGCGUACACGCUGACGCCGCGCCCGAUGUACUUGCUUUUUGCGCGCCUACUGCUGGUCGACGUGGCUGCCAGCGACGAUCAUGAGCGCGACUUGGCGGCGCCGGCAGCGUGCUGGUGGGCGGCCCGUGUGAUGAGCACACAACAGAGCCUGCUAGAAUACCCGUCGCAGGCACUGUUCGACAGCAUCCUGGCCAUGUAUGCGCGCACCGCUCGCUACCUGCCGGCCGCGCCCGUGCGUGAAGCGUUCCUGCGCAGCCAGGCCGAGCACCAGCAGCAGGCCAAGCCUGCAGUGGACAUGGAAAUUGCCAUGGUGCCUCGCGAGAAGGCCACUGAGGUGACAAGCAGCGACCAGCUGCUGCAGGGCAGCGAUGCGGCUGCGGCUGCGGCAGCUUGGGACGCUGUGGGCGGCGGCGAGCGCGAGCUGUGGGCGCGGUACCUGUUGGAAAUCGCCGUAGUGUUCUCGCAGCACAAGAUGCCGCUGGACACCAAGCGGCUGGUGGCGCAGGCGCAGGCGGCCAGCGGGCUGCAGUGGGAGAUGACCGGCGUCCGCGGCCGCCGCACCAAGCACCAGACCUUCGACAUUGCGCAGCUGGUCGUCGACGCGCGCAGCACGCGCAACCUGGCGCUAGACGCCGAGACAGCGCCCGAGAACAUGCAGCUGAACGACGACACGCUGCUGGAGUCCAUCAACUUUACCGAGAAAGCGCCCAAGGCCGACGCACUGGCGGUCGUCGACAAAUGCAUUCUGCUGGCGCUGUGCCAGAACGUCGAGAACGAGAAUGCCGCGCAUGGACUGACGUCCGAGCAGAUGCGGCCGUUUGUCACGCGUGUGCUGGACCGCGCCAGUAACUGGUCGGUGUACACCACAGGGCUUCUGCAGCGCUCGCGGCUAGAGGCGACGCGUACGCGCACGGCCGAGCGCUCGGUGCUGCAGCUGCAGGCGCUGGUCGACCAGAUUUCGCGGCCGGAGCCUGGCAGCAACGAGGCCGGUGCGGCCGAGCGCCUGGCAUACAUGGGCGUGCUGGCGCUGCCCAGCCAGUGGGAGCUGGAGCGCGAGCUGGCCGGCCGCUUCAUGACCAUGGGCAUUAUGCGCUCGGCGCUGGACAUCUACGAGCGGCUGGCCAUGUGGGACGAGGCCAUCUCGGCGUACUCACUGCUGGGCCAGCAGGAGGUGGCCGAGCGGCUUGUGCGCGAGCAACUGGCUGUCUCGCCCGACCGCCCCAAGCUGUGGUGCGUGCUGGGCGAUCUCAAGAAAGACCCAGAGCACUGGCUGCACGCCUGGGAAGUCUCUGGCCAGCGCUACGCGCGCGCCAUGCGGUCCCUGGGCGCCUACCACUACGCACGGAGCAACUUUGCCGACGCUGUCGACUGCUACCGCAAGGCGCUGGCGCUCAACCCGCUGUUCGAGCAGUCGUGGUACGUGCUGGGCUGCGCCGCGCUGCAAAUAUCCGACUGGGAGACUGCCGUCGCGGCCUUCCAGCGCACCGUAGCGCUGGACGACGAGAGCGCCGAGGGUUGGAACAACCUGGCGUCAGCUUGCAUGCGCCUGGGCGACUCGCACCGCGACCGCGCCUGGUACGCGCUGCGUGAGGCCACGCGCCAUAACUACGACUCGUGGCAUAUCUGGUCGAACUUUAUGGCCGUGUCGAUUGCCUCGGAGCAGUUCGCGUCGGCCAUCCACGCGAUGGGUCGCAUUGUCGUGUUGCGCGCUGACAAGGACGCCGCCGCCUGCAUUGAUAUUACGGCGCUGCGCGCCAUCAUCGCUGCCCUCGUGCGCGGUGGCAUUGCCCGCGGGUUGCCGCCCAAGGAGGGUGAGAUUAAGGAGCAGCAGCAUGCGCGGUACCUGGAGUACCUGCUGCAGGAGCAGAUCGAGGCCCGCAUUACGCGGUCGGCGCCGCUGUGGCGCGCCAUGGCUGACUUUUGGUACUGGCGCCGCGAUUACCGCCAUUGCCUCGACUGCUACAUCAAAGCGUACCGCUGCUUCUCCCAGCAGGCUGAAGUUACCUACGAUCAAGAGAUCUUCAAGGAUGCGGUGGAGGCUGCGUUGGAGCUUGUCAGCAUGUAUGAGAACAUAGGCGAGUACACGCAGACUGUGCGCGUACCGACAACAGACAAUAGCGCGGAUCAGGAAGCACCCGGAAACGAGGCGGAGGAACGCAAGGCUGCUGCUGUUGCGCAGCCGGUGUGUGCGGAUUGGAAGCACCAGGCGAAAUUGGUCCUGCGUGGCCUCAUUGGUAAAGGGAAGCAGUCCUUUGAGGGCACUGCAGAGUAUGUUCGCUUAGUUGAUGCGCUUGAGGAGUUGCGUCAGGCUUGAAUCCACCCCUUUUUUUACUGGCUUGAUGUGUGGCUUUUUCUUCUGAGAAUCUACAAUCAGCAAAAGCCUCUCUUUAAAAAAGUAUGUGCAAAUAUGAUGCAUUUCUUUAUUUGAAAGUCAGGUUUGUCUUUCGAUAAUUUAAUCUUGUUGCUGUUGGUUUUUAACUGGCUCUCCAUACAUAUGUUAUUUCCCGUUCUUUUUCAUUGCAUGAAUUUAAGAAUAAAAUAAAAAAGCAACCUAGUUGCCUCUUUAUAUUUUC